UGCUAUGUGCCUAAUGGUUAGGUCUUACUUUGCAAAAGCCCCAAGCCCCCUUGCUCUGACACCUAUGCAAUGAUUCUAGUGUUCUUAAUCUAAAACAUGCAUGUUCUUUUCUACAGCCUACAGAUCUUUUAAAGAAGAUAUAUGAGCAGUUUACCAUGGAAUGCAAGCAGGGGAGGGUGAAGAACAUAAAAACCCCUUUGAAAAGACUCUCAAUCGCAACCGGUAAAAAUAAGUCUUUGUAAAUAGAAAACUCAUUAAAUUCCUUUCAAAAAUCGAUAUCCUUUUUGAUACUUUGCAUACAUUUUUUUCCUAAAACAAAUGUUGAAAAUUAAAUUCAACAUUGGCACAAAGCACCAAGGAUGACAACUUACAUGUACAUUCACAGAUAGCAAGCCAGUAGGUUCUCUGAGUGACUUAGCUUAGAGACCUAAAUUUAUAAAAUUGUUAGCAUGAAUUUGUAUAAAUCCAUGCAACACAAAUGUUUUGUUUACAUGGUACAUGUACUAGUAAAUACAUAUUUAAUAGAAUCUGUUUUUACAUCUAUAGGAAUAUCUGAGAAUACACUAAAGAGAAAAGUUAUUCAAGACCCAGUUGAUAUGGUAGUGGAGGAUUUGCAAGUCCCUGUUCCAAAGAAGAAACCUGGACCCAAUAGGAAGCUGGAUGACUUCGAUGCAGACCUGGUGAAGAGGACCAUCCAUGACGUGCAUUUGAAGGGCCAGUACGUUUCAUUGCGUCAACUGUCAGAUGUUCUGGUAGAAAAGGGAGUCAGGCUCACCAAGUCUUCAUUGGGGAGACUCGUGAAGGAUCUUGGGUUCAGGUUCUACAAAGCAGGUUCCAACCAACGCUACACUGGAGAUCGGAACGACAUCGUAAGUAUGCGACAUACUUACCCGAGGUCCAUUAGGAAGUUUAGAGAGGAGGGUCGUCCUAUUGUGUAUUUGGAUGAGACUUGGUUGAACACCAAUCAUGUAGCGAGGGGAGAUUGGGUGGACUGUCCUAGGACAUCUACCUCUGCCUUUGAGUCACAUCGUGAAGAUCAUGGGCGUUUUGUCCCAUCUGGGAAAGGCUUUCGUCUGAUAAUUGUGGAUGCAGGUUCUUCGGCUGUGGGCAUGAUCCCGGGAUCUGCUCUCAUUUUCGAGUCGAAAACAGGCAACCAGGAUUAUCAUGAUGAGAUGAACUCAGAAAACUUUACGAAGUGGUUCACUGAGCAGUUGCUCCCUAACCUACCGGCUAAUUCAGUCAUAGUGAUGGAUAAUGCUUCCUAUCACAGUCAUCUGGAUUUUAAGUCUAAGUGUCCGACUUCGUCGACACCGAAGGCCGAGAUCCAGUCUUGGCUUGAUAGAAAGGGUAUCCAUUACGCCCCGGGAAUGAUCAAGGCUGAAUUGAUCACAUUGGUGAAGCAACAUAAGCCUCGUCCUAAAUAUGUGAUAGGCGAUUUGGCUUUAAAGGCAGGUCACACAGUUUUGCGUCUACCUCCCUAUCACUGUGAGCUUAAUCCUAUUGAGUUGGUCUGGGCUGAAAUAAAAAGUUUCGUCGCCAGGAGCAAUUCCACAUUUAAGAAAGAUAAAGUGAAGGAACUCUUUAAUCAGGCUCGAUCAACUUAUUGGGUUGAGAAGUGGCGUAAGGUAGAGAGUCACGUGAUAAGAGAGGUAGAAGAAAAACUGUGGAAACUCGACGGAGUCCAGGAUGAGGAGGUUGCUCCUGUGGUCAUAGACUUGACGGACUCGGAAGACAGUGACAGUGACAUGGACACAGAUUCUGGAGAUGACGAAAAUGACUCUGACUCUGACGAAUCCAUGGGCUUCGUUGAGGAGGCUGACAAUGAAGUCACUUGUUGCAUAUGUGGUGAUUACAAUGCUCCUGGAAAGUCUCGAAAGAUUGUAUGGGUUGAUGUGAAGUGUGUAAGAGGUGGAGUCACCGCAUAUGUACCAAGCCCUCUCUAAAGUCAGGUUGGUGUGUCCAAUGUUGGAACGCUUUGUAUGGACUGAAUCCAGCUCCUUCAUGAGCCUUCCCAUGGUCUCUGGAGAACUGCUCCCUUUUAAAGGUAAAAGAAAGAAAAUUAAUCACUCAUUUACACUUAAUUUCAUAAUUAAUUUUCAAUUUUCAAAAAUGGCGUACCAGUAUUCUUUACAUGUAGUCCCAUAUAAUUUGGAGAAAGACAUAUUUGAAAACAUCUUAAAGAAUAUUUUACUUAAUGUAUCUUAUCUUUUGUUAUUCUGACAGAAACACAACAUUCCAAAUAUUUUAAAUGUUGUGUCUUUAAGGUCAGACGCGACUUAUCUUCGAUUAUUUUGUAAAAACAAUUUCUCAUAUCCGCAGUUUUCGUGGAUUGCCUAAAAUUUACAGGUUCGUGGGGACAUAAUUUCGUGUAUUCUCUUAAAUCUACAUAGGAAAUAUUACUUUAUUACCCUUAUUUAUUAAUUCGUGGAGGAUGUUGAUUCGUGGAUGAGAGGUACCCACGAAUUCAACGAAAAUUGAGCCACCUCGAAAUCUAAUGAUUCCAAAGAAUAUGUAUUAUUUAUUAACGAACUGGUAAUUUAAACUUUUUUGGAAAUUUUGUAUCAGUGAUAAGUGUCAUUUCUUUUUUCAUGGGACUAUAUACUACUAUAAUAUAUUUGAAUUUCCAAAGGGGUAUGGGCCCCUACCCUCUAGAUCUGUCUUAUAGUGGGAUGACUACAAAUGAAUGACGAAUUCAAUGUGCUAAUAAUUCAUGCUUGUUUAGGGUGAUCAAACAUAAUACAACUCCCUAAUUAAUCUACAAAUGAUAUCUACUUGUACAAAUGAUCUUUUCCAUCCAUUGUUAAUUUUUUCCAUUGAUUUCAAUGACUAUAUAUAUAAAGUUGGUAAGUUAUAAAAGCAGUCCCAAUACUGAACUAGUAUACCUGACUUUUGAGAAGUGAAACUUUAACUAUUCUUCUUCUGCAUGUUAUGAAUGGCUUCGUCGGCAGACCUUCAUCCAUAGUAUCAAUCUUCCUAUAGCGAUCAGCUCUCUCUCUUUGUAACAGGGACUUCAAUUAUGAUACCUGUAUAUAUGUUAAUCAAGUUCAAUCACAAUUAUGUAUUACUAGUAGAUUCCUCCCCACACUUUUUUAAAAUUUUGUGUUUGAUAUGAAUUUAUAAAUUAAAUUGAUUUAAUUACAUGUAAUGACUGUGAUGUUGCACAUCAGUGAUUGGUUGCUUACUUUACAAAUACAAGUAACCUUUUUUUGCUACUUUGUUGUUGAAUUUGAAAUUGUAAAUUUCAGUUAUAAUUAUCACAUGUAAUGACUGUGAUAUUUCAUAUCUGUGAUUGUUUGCUUACUUUACAAAUACAAGUAACCUAAUUUUGCUGCUUUAAUUGUUGUUGAAUUUGAAAUUGUAAAUUUCAAUUAUAAUUAUUACAUGUUAUGAUGGUGAUAUUUCGCAUCUGUGAUUGGUUGCUUACUUUACAAAUACAAAUAACCUCAUUUUGCUGCUUUAAUUGUUGUUGAAUUUGAAAUUGUAAAUUUCAAUUAUAAUUAUUACACAUAAUGACUGUGAUAUUUCAUAUCUGUGAUUGUUUGCUUACUUUAAAAAUACAAGUAACCUCAUUUUACUGCUUUAAUUAUUGUUGAAUUUGAAAUUGUAAAUUUCAAUUAUAGUUAUCACAUGUAAUGACUGUGAUAUCGCAUAUCUGUGAUUGGUUGCCUAGUUUAUAAGAACAAGUAACCUCAUUUGCUGCUCUAAUUGUUGUUGAAUUUGCAAUUAUAAAUUUCAAUUAUAAUAAUUACAUGUAAUGACUGUGAUAUCGCACAUCUUGAUUAGUUGCUUAGUUUACAAUACAAGUAACCUCAUUUUGCUGCUUUGUUGUUGAAUUUGAAAUUGAAAAUUUUAAUUAACAAUUGUCAAUAUCACAUGUAAAGACUGUGAUGCUGCACAUCGGUGAUAAUAUAAUAUCAAACAUCUAAUUUUAACUUCACAUCUGUUAUUAUAAAAUAUAUUGUUAAUGAUUAUCUUUCAUGUUAUAAUGAAAACAAAAAGUUUGACCAAGAAUGACCUCUUGUACAAA